AUGGUGGCCUCCCAAGAGACAGUGCCCGUCGCGGCCGCGGCGCCGACGACGACCAUGACCACGGACGCCGCGCCGGCCGCCAAGCCAAAGAGACAGAAGAAGCCGCUGCCGAAACAGAUUCACUACCCUUUCUGGUUCGGUGGCUCGGCCAGUAGUAUGGCCGCCUGCGUGACGCAUCCUCUUGACCUGGUCAAGGUCCGGCUUCAGCUGCGCUCCGGCGACGCGCCCAAGUCCAUGAUCGGCACCUUCGGCUACGUGGUGCGCAACGAGGGCCUGCUGGGCCUGUACUCGGGGCUGUCGGCGUCGCUGCUGCGGCAGAUGACGUACUCGACGGUGCGGUUCGGCGUGUACGAGGACCUGAAGCAGCGGUACGGGCCGCGCGACGGCAAGCCGUCGCUGCCGCUGCUGAUCGGGCUGUCGACCUUCUCGGGCUUCCUGGGCGGCGUCUCGGGCAACGCCGCCGACGUGACCAACGUGCGCAUGCAGCAGGACCGCGCCCUGCCCGAGGCCCAGCGCCGCCACUACCGCCACGGCCUCGACGGCAUGUUCCGCAUGCUGCGGCACGAGGGCGCCGCCUCGUGGUUCCGCGGCAUCCUGCCCAACAGCGUGCGCGCCGCCCUCAUGAACGCCAGCCAGCUGGCCUCGUACGACACCAUCAAGACGGCCCUGAUCCAGCACACCCCCAUGGGCGACACCACCACCACCCACUUUGCCGCCUCGCUCAUGGCCGGCUUCGUCGCCACCACCGUCUGCAGCCCCGUCGACGUCAUCAAGAGCCGCGUCAUGAGCGCCAGCGGCAAGGGCCAGAGCGUCGUCGCCCUGCUGCGCGACAUCACGGCCCAGGAGGGCGUGCGCUGGAUGUUCAAGGGCUGGGUACCCAGUUUCCUGAGGUUGGGACCUCAAACAAUCUGUACAUUCCUAUUCCUAGAAGCACACCGCUCGACCUAUAGACGUCUCAUGGGCAUCCCGGAUUCUUAG